AUGGCGGGUGUAAAUCAGUUGCCUGUCUCAGUUGCCGCCGAUGGCGUGCAUGGUCGCAAACGCAAUAUGACCAUUGCGGGGAUCGACAGUUCUCCGGGGAGUAUCGAGGAUAUGGAUGACAAUGAUGCGCGCGAGGAGAAAAGACGUCAGCCAGUGAAGCGCGCCUGCAAUGAAUGUCGACAACAAAAACUCCGAUGCGAUGUCAUUCAAGACCCAUGGACCGAUUGUUCACGAUGCCGUCGGCUGAGGCUCGAUUGUAAAAUCGAGUCUAACUUCAAACGUGUCGGAAAGCGCAGCCGCAAUGCAGAAAUGGAGAGAGAAAUAAUGGAGCUCAGGAAGCAGAUUGCUACUGGCCAACCAGUCCCUGGAAUGUCACAGCAACAAGCUUUGACCGCGGGACAAUUGACACCCAAGCAAGAAUCGAGUCAAGUCAGUCCCGCAGUCUACCAAACACCAUCAGCUAUGUCCGCAGAUCAGUACAUGGGAUCUCAAGAAGCUGUAGCAUCCCUCCUGGACCUUCGUUCGGGCUUCGAUGGCACCAACUUCGUGAGGAACGGUGGACAAAUUAGACGAAUUGAGGACGUUAUGGUUGUUCCCGAGAAAGUGGCAGAACUGUUUAAUAUAUUCUUCACGUACUACCACCCUUUCCUUCCAUUUUUGGACCGAAACCAGUCACCCGAUGAUUAUCAUAGUUCCUCUUCGUUACUUUUCUGGACAAUUCUUAGUGUCGGUGCGCGACGCUAUCUAGGCGAUUCGAAUUUGUUGAAUUCCCUUGCUGGUCCUGUCAGCCGGCUGGUCUGGAGCACUCUAGCAGAUAUCCCUCAAAGCUAUCAUGUUGUGAAAGCUCUCGCUCUACUAUGUUCAUGGCCGUUCCCUACAAGCAGCACCUCAACGGAUCCGACCUUCAUGCUGUGUGGAAUGAUGGUACAAGUUGCUAUGCAGCUUGGUCUCCACAGGCCUUCUCACACUCAAGACUUCAGUAAAUUCCGAGUGGAACUUAUCGAGGAUGAAUUGAGAGACAAGGUGCGAACUUGGGCGAUUUGCAAUAUCGUUGCUCAAAGAGUUUCCACCGGCUAUGGACAGCCAUCAUCUACUCUUUAUGACUGGACGUUAUCCUCCAGCGAUUCGUUAGACCCGAACUUCAAGCUUCCUGACGAUAUAAGGCCAAGAUUGGAGAUCGAAAAGUUCUGCGACAGGGUCACUCAAGCACUUUACACAAAUCGACGCGAUCCUGUUGGCUUAACCAGCGACCACGAACGUUCAACAAUGAUUGCCUUUCUAUCGCGAGACUUUGAGGAGUUGGAAGAACAGCUUAAAUCGCAGAAUGACUGUAUUACUGACUUGUUCCUCCGUGCUGCUAACCUCCAUUUGCACCUUUCGGCAUUCUUUGACGAGCCGACCACUAAAAAUUACCGCGAACGCGUCUUUUCUCUGUAUGUCGCGACGACAUCAUUCCUCGAAGUUGUCCUAAACCUCGAGACCGAGGUUGGCCCGGUCAUCUCUUACACCCCGUACUAUGUCUACCAGAUGAUGGUUGCCGCCGGUUGCACUCUUUUAAAACUGUGCAAGAGCUUCUUUGCCUCUCACAUAGACAUGGAAUACACCAAGAACCUAUUCAACCGUACAAUAUGGGCCAUCCGAGGAGUGUCAGCAUCCAGCAACGACCUUCCCGAACGACUUGCUGAAGUGUUAGCUCAGAUGUGGAGAUUGGGAGGAGCUACUCAACGGACUAACAAUAGUACCGAUGUUGACGACUCCCUGCGACUCAAAGUUCGCUGCCGGAUGAGCAUGUCCUUGCUUUACGACUCUGUGUGGCGUUGGCGAGAGGAUGCCAGGACCAAAGGCCGAAACAUUGAAGCCUAUCUGAAAAAUCCAACAAAUCCUGACUCAGCAGCUGAUUCUUCGGCCACUUCAUCUGUCGGGCCUGUACACACAUCUGCAAUGGCACCAGGAAUCUCUGGGAAUGAUCCAAGCCUUGCCCCGGCACCCCUGCUAUCCCAGGCUAGCCUUGGGAUCCAACAACCCACAGGUCAAGCAAACGGACUCCCAAGCGGCUUCAUUGAACCUAAUUACGAAGUCUUCGAUCCGUUGAACUGGCUGCUUGACGGCCUGGUAGACUUGCCUUACUCAUACUCCACGAUGGGGGGAGUAGAAUCCCAGGGCAUCGUAUAG